CAGGCGCUCGCCGCGAGCGGUGUGAUUCCAGGCGGAGGAGGAGGAGGAGGAGGAGGAGGGGUAACAACACCCUCGUCCCUUCCCGCCGGUGCUGCGCGCCAUCGCCCCCACCCCAACGGCCCGCACCCGCACCAACACCAACAACACCAUCCCGCAUAUCAGCAGCAACAGCACAACCCGGCGUGGCCGGCUCAGCCGUAUCCGUCGUCGUACGCGAUGCAGCAGAACAUGAGCGCCCCGUCGGGCGGGCCGUACAGGGUCCGCAAGGGCUCGGUCGGCAUGGCCGCCGCCGCCGCCGCCCAGCCGUACGCGCGCCACGCGAGCCGCCGGUCGGACGGGAACAUCGUCGGCCCCGAUCUGCUGGGAAACGUCGUCGUCGUCGGCUCGCCGUACGCGGACCACAACAACCACAACGGCGGCGGUGGCUUUGGACCGCACUCCCGGCGCUCCUCGUCCGGGGACGAUGGAGGCGGCGGCGGGUUUCAUCCCGGCUCGGUGCCGGGGAGCUUCGACCACUAUCGGGGUACCGGCGGCGGCGAUCGGCCGCCGGCGGGCGUGCACCCGAGUUUGUGGAUGUCGCCCGCGUCGUCCGCGAGCCCGAGCCUCGCGGCGUCGCCCGUCACGGGGCCUUACGGAUCCGUGAACGCGCUCAUGAUGUCGCAGCAGCAGCAGCAGCCACGCUCGCACUCGGACGGGAACGGCAACACGCCAACACACAACGGCGCUGGCGGUGCGUCCUCUCCCGUCGCUUCUUCUUUACGCGGCGGUCGUCAUGCUCAGAGCGGAUCGUCGAACGGCGCCGCUGCUACUACAGACUCCACGUCGUCCAGCUACCCCGUCACGCCGAUCGACCCGAAGCAGUCGCCGCUCUUUCCCGACGUGUCCGCGGACGCGCUGCUCGGCGCCGGCGGCGGCGGCGGCUUGCUGCUCGGCGCGGGCGGAUCGCCGCCGGAGUUGCUGCAGGAGAUCUCGGACGCGGAUCUGGAGGGGAUCGAUCCGGAGCAGCUGGCGCAGGACGAUCCGGCGACGGCGCAGGCGCUCAAGAUGUACCGCGCGGGGAUGACGCCGCAGAUGGAUAAUUUGACGUGGAGGAUGAAGGCGCUCGCGCUGAAGAGGAAGAAGGAGGACGAGGUGAAGAUGAUGGCGUAUAUCGCGGAGGGUGGGGUGGGAGGAGGAGCGGGGGGUGGGGAGGGAGAGAAGCAGCAGCAGCAGCAGCAGCAGCAGGCGGAUGGGGAGGAGAAGGAGGAAGUGCAGGUGAAGACGGAGUCGGAGGGGUCGGACGGUGCUAGGGGCCGGACGAUGAGCAAGGGCAAGGGCAAAGUGAGCAUCGUCGGCUUUGAUGGCAAGAACCAGGACGGGGAUGACGACGUCGAGGACAGGAUGGACUGGAGGACGAUCAGCCGCUCGCGUUCGCGCGUGCCGAUGGACUGGAAGUCGUCCUCGCGCUCGCGCUCGCGCGCUCCCGGCGCCAAAAUGUUCGACGAGCCCGGCACUUUCCACUUCCCGACCGACGGCGAGGCGACGGUCAAGAUCGAGGAGACGCAGUUCCAGUUCCCGCUCCUGGACGGCGGCGACGCGGGCACGUCGCCGCCCGCGAUCCCUAUCGGCCGACGGAGCCCGGCCCACACGCUCUCCCUCCACGGCGACCUGCACACCGUGUACGAGGGCGGAGAGAGCCUGCACGACAUCGUCGGCCCGUCGCCGCACCAGCAGCACCAGCAGCACCCGCAGCAGCAACACCACCACGCCCGCUUCUCGCAGCCGUACGUCGGCAGCUUGCCCACCUACGGCACGCACUUUGGCGCGCACCCGUCGUCGCUGCCCGCGCACGGCUUCCACGGCCCGCUCCGGAUGCCCGCGCACGCGCACCACGUGAACGUGAAGAUGGAGCCGGCGGCGCUGGCGUUCCCGCGCCACGUGCGCAAGACGAGCUUUGACCAUACCGUCGCGCGCGAGGGCAUCUUCCAGGGCGUGACGGGCAGGCACCAGGUCGACGGGAAGCCGCGGUCGCCGGAUAGCUUGGUGGGCACGAAGCGACCCGCGGACGCGCCGCAUGCGGAGAGCAUGCUGCGCGGCGAUCUGCCGGAGAUGACGAUCGACACGAACGUGCCGAGCGAGCAUCAGCAUCAACAGCAGCACCAGCAGCAGCAGCAGCAGCAGGAGAGGCAGAGCCCGUUCCCGAGCUCGUCGUUCAAUUUUUCGUUUCCGACCCCGGAGAGUUAUGCGUAUGGGCUCGCGGUCGGUGGUGGUGGUGGAGGAGGGGGGGAGGCCUCGCCGCAGACGGAUUUCAGCUCGAUGUUGCCGACGCCGGAGGAUGGAAGGCCGGGCGCGGGCGCGAUGCUGUCGCACUCGUUGCCGUAUUCGCCGCUGAGCGGGUCGCCGCGGAUCGCGCACGACGGGCUGUCGGUCGCGGCGGCGAACGCGUCGGCGGUGAUCGGCGACAAUUACGCGUCGCUCGGGUCGGUGGAGGAUUACCAGCAGAUGAUGAACUUUGUUUAUCCGUACGGAGGAGGUGGGGGAGGGGGAGGGGAGCCGCCGUAUACGCACGUGGAUCCGACGCAGAUAUUGACGCAUGCGAGUUUUCAUGCGAGCCCGGGGAGCGACGGGUGGGGUCCGAGCGUCGCGUCGAGCGCGACGGCGAGUCCGGAGCCGUAUACGAGUAACGGGUCGACGCCGCCGUCGGCGGCGGAGGGGUCGUCGUCUGCGAACGUGUCGCGCAAUAAUUCGAGCCGGAGGGUCGCGCCGGCGAGGCACUCGGAAGGGGGAGGGGGAGGGGGAGGGGGGCCGGCGAGGGGCGGCGCGACGAGGAAGAAGUCGGCGCCGACGGUGAGCUUGAACGGGUCGAGCGAGCUGAGGAGUUCGACGAGUACGCCGGAUUAUGCGACGGCGAGGGGAGGGGGCGGGGGUGGGAGCGGGGGUGGGGGCGCGGGCGGGAGUAAAGGGGGCGAGGACGAGCCGCCGCCGACGGUGUGUACGAAUUGUCAGACGACGAAUACGCCGCUGUGGAGGCGGGAUCCGUCUGGUCAGCCGCUGUGUAACGCAUGUGGUCUGUUCUAUAAACUGCACGGUGUCGUGCGCCCACUCUCUUUGAAGACCGACGUCAUAAAGAAACGAAACAGAGCAUCUGGCGCCCCGCAAAGCGCGACGACCCGCAAAGCCGCGAACGGGUUACCCAAGGUACCCGCAGGCACGAGACCGCGGUCGGCGACGACGGGCAACGCGCCCAUCUCGCUGCCUGGACGACCUCCGGCGGGGAUACCGAUCGCUAUGAAGCGACAACGACGGACUUCCAAUGCGGUCCCCCCGCCGUCUUCCUACAAGACGGACGAUACCGCGGUAUAACACCCCCCCCCCCCCACCGCAAGUCCCCCCACCCCUACCCCCCUUCCUUGUUCUCCACCACAAAUCAAUGUGUAACAGUGUGCAUGCUUUCCACCUGGUGUAUUUGUCUGCCCUUGACGUCUUUUUUUCUGUUUCUUCCCUUCCUCAUCCCCCUGGGGCCGCCGCUAUAUGCUUGCCAACCAUGCAUCCACUCCCUUGUCUUUGCUUUAAUGAUGUUGUGGUUGUGUACGACCAACACGAACCGAUAGAGUAGCCAGUUAGAGAUGUAACACGGGCGGGUGACAAUC